AUGACGACGGGCGAGAAGGUGGUUGGUGAAGCGGACAAAGGCGAAGCGGACGGAGGCGAAGCGGACGAAGGGGAAGCGGACGAAGGGGAAGCGGACGAAAGGGAAGCGGACGACGGCGAAGCGGACGAAGGCGAAUCGGACGAAGACGAAGCGGACGAAGGCGAAUCGGACGAAGGCGAAGCGGACGAAAGCGAAUCGGACGAAGGCGACGCGGACGAAGGCGAAGCGGACGAAGGGGAAGCGGACGAAGGCGAAGCGGACGAAGGCGAAGCGGACGAAGGCGAAGCGGACGAAGGCGGGGAGGGGGAUGAUCAAUCGGGCAUCCACAGUGCAGAUCUACUGACAGGGGAAGGCGAGGAGGGGGAAGGUGAAGGGGCGGAAGGCGGAGAGGCGGAAGGCGUAGGAGCUGUUGGCGAGGAGGCGGAAGGCGAAGGGGCGGAAGGUGGGGAGUGGGAUGGCGAAGAGGGGGAAGGCGAAGAGGGGGAAGGCGAAGAGGGGGAAGGCGAGGAGGGGGAAGGCGAAGAGGGGGAAGGCGAGGAGGGGGAAGGCGAAGAGGGGGAAGGCGAGGAGGGGGAAGGCGAAGAGGGGGAAGGCGAGGAGGGGGAAGGCGAAGAGGGGGAAGGCGAGGAGGGGGGAGGCGAAGAGGGGGAAGGCGAAGAGGGGGAAGGCGAAGAGGGGGAAGGCGAAGAGGGGGAAGGCGAAGAGGGGGAAAGCGUAGGGGCUGUAGAUGGGGCUGGAGAGGAGGUGGAAGGCGAGCAGGCAGAAGGAGAGGAGGCGGAUGGGGUCCAGGCAGAUGGCAACAAUGUGGGCGAAGGCUUGUCCGAUUACUCCAAUUUUAGUGCAGAGGAGAGAACUAAUGGGCGGCGGACACGCGUACAAGCACUUAGCCGCAGGUCGACGCUGGAUGAGGAUGAAGAAGCUGCACGAGUGGUGAAGAAAGGGCGGUUUAUGAUUCUGGGGGCCGCACCGGAUGAUACGCAACAGUGCGGUAACGGGCGUGGCGGAGAAGCAAAGGAUAAACAAGGAGGGCAGACCGUGAAAGGGGCAUUGGCGGCGGCGAAGCCACCCACGAAGCACAGGACUUCCCUGAACCGUCCUGACCUGUCCCCUCAUGCGCUAUCCCAUCCUAACCCGUCCCAUCUUGCUCUCACCCUACACCAAUCAGCGGUGAAGAAUUCUGGUGUGGGUCCGCCAACCACCAUCGAGCGAUUCAACCUUGGGGGGGGAGGGGGGAAGCUGCCCCAGCUACAGGUCACCCAGCGGGCAACUACUAGUGCGAUGCAAGUGGGAGCAGCAGCAGCUCCUGCGGGUAUGACUGUUGCGAGGGUGGGAGGAGCAGCGUCAACGGGAGGGAGGGUGGGAGCAGCAGCAGCAUCAACUGGGGUGAAGGUGGGAGCAGCAGCAGCGUCAACGGGAGGGAGGGUGGGAGCAGUAGCAGCAUCAACUGGGGUGAGGGUGGGAGGAGCAGCAGCGGCAUCGACUGGAGGGAGGGUGGGAGCAGCAGCGGCAUCGACUGGAGGGAGGGUGGGAGGAGCAGCGGCAUCGACUGGAGGGAGGGUGGGAGCAGCAGCGGCAUCGACUGGAGGGAGGGUGGGAGCAGCAGCGGCAUCGACUGGAGGGAGGGUGGGAGGAGCAGCGGCAUCGACUGGAGGGAGGGUGGGAGGAGCAGCAGCAUCGACUGGAGGGAGGGUGGGAGGAGCAGCGGCAUCGACUGGAGGGAGGGUGGGAGGAGUAGCGGCAUCGACUGGAGGGAGGGUGGGAGGAGCAGCGGCAUCGACUGGAGGGAGGGUGGGAGGAGCAGCGGCAUCGACUGGAGGGAGGGUGGGAGGAGCAGCAGCAUCGACCGGAGGGAGGGUGGGAGGAGCAGCGGCAUCGACUGGAGGGAGGGUGGGAGGAGCAGCGGCAUCGACUGGAGGGAGGGUGGGAGCAGCAGCAGCAUCUACUGGAGUUUUCAGGCCCAGGGGUACCACUACUGUAAGGACGCCGCCUCCAGGGCCCACGGCUUUGGCUGCCGUAUCAACCAGGGUGGCGCACACGCAGUGGGUAUCACGAGCGGAGUUUGCGGCGCUUAGGAAGGAGAUGCUCCAACAGUUUGAGAGCCUCAGGGCUCAAGGAGUCGCGGUUCCUGCUCAAGGACUUGCGUCGCAGGGCAACGACGCAACAACAGGCGUUCCUCGCCCUCCAAGUCAGAGUGCCGGACAAAUCGCUCUGGAAAUGGUGAUCGUCGAUGCUGGAGACUGGAAGGUGAAGUGCCGGAGUGUCAUCACCGAGUUCUUCUGGCUGAACGACGCUCUUCACAUCCAGAUGUAUCCUUCGAGUGAAGAGGCGAUGGCUGGGUUAUCUACUUAUCUGUCCCCUGAUACCAUGCCCCACUUGCAACUGCUGUGGAAACAACAAUGCCCAACAACAAAGGGGGCAUUCUAUACAGCAUGCAGCAAUACCCGGUGUGCAAUUGGCAAAAUACUCCGUCGAUUGGUUCUAACUGCAUUGGGGCGGGAGAAAAACAAGGGGAAGGUGAUGUCCCUCCCGGCGGAGUUGGAUCGUCUGGCGGUGUAUCAGAACGAUGCCGAACUGGUCCGGGACAACAUGACUGGUGAGCUCCUAACCCUUGCUCUCUCCCCCCCUCCUCUGUCACAUGCUCUCUCCCCCCCUCCUCUGUCACAUGCUCUCUCCCCCCCUCCUCUGUCACAUGCUCUCUCCCCCCCUCCUCUGUCACAUGCUCUCUCCCCUCCUCUGUGA